UGCUGGAACGGAGCUGUUCCUGGCUACUGCCUGAAAUUCUCACAUUUAAACUAACCUUGAAAUACGUCUUAGUGGGAUCCGUUAAAAAUGUACACAGCCGCGACGUUUCUCGCAACAACCUGUACAAUUUAAGUGUAUACGUAUAUUAAAGCUACCAGCUUGUCGGCUCACUUGUAAAGGGAUGCUUAGCAAGCAGGUUUACCCCACGCCGCUCCGAGAAGUAGUCGUAUCCCUAAAGUCGCUGGGCCUGAGUGUGCGUUGCCAGUUUUCGGGGGGAGGCAACGCGUGCGGGUGUGAACUGUGCACUCAGCUAGCACAGCGGCUAACGGCAGUUUGUUUAACCGACACGGAAACGCGAGCUAACAGCAGGGUCCGGCUCUUCUCCAAUCCAAACCGGUAUGUCGGAUGAGGAUUCCCGUGCCAGCACCAGCUCUUCCUCAUCACCACCUUCCUCCAGCCAAACCAGACAGAGGGACACACCUUGCAAGAAGAAACGGGAGAGCAAAGCCAGCAUGAGCAAGACCUCCAAGCUGCUUUCCACCAGCGCCAAAAGGAUUCAGAAAGAGCUGGCCGACAUAACUCUGGACCCUCCGCCAAACUGCAGUGCUGGCCCGAAAGGAGACAACAUCUAUGAGUGGAGGUCGACCAUCCUGGGACCACCAGGCUCCGUCUACGAGGGAGGCGUCUUCUUCCUGGACAUCGCCUUCACGCCCGACUACCCCUUCAAACCCCCCAAGGUAACGUUUCGUACGAGGAUCUAUCACUGCAACAUCAACAGUCAGGGCGUGAUCUGUCUGGACAUCCUGAAGGACAACUGGAGUCCCGCCCUCACCAUCUCUAAGGUGCUGCUGUCCAUCUGCUCCCUGCUCACAGACUGUAACCCAGCCGAUCCCCUGGUGGGAAGCAUCGCCACCCAGUACACGACUAACAGAGCGGAACAUGACCGAACGGCCAAACAGUGGACAAAGCGAUACGCCACAUAAACCCACAGAGGACGUCAGAGGGAGGAAGAGGAGGAGGAGGAGGAGGAGAAGGAGAGGGAGGAGGAGGAGGGGUCGGGGGCUCUGGGUGGUUUGUGUCGGGGGGGUUAUUUCUAUCUCAGAUUUUUAGUACUUUAUUGUCUGGUAUAUUUUUUUGUUUCCUGAUUAAGUUAUCUCCGCAAAUAUGGUAAUAAAGGAACACAAUGGAAAGGAA